CAUGGCCGGCCUGGGUAGGCAGUUGAGCUAUCUAGCUGCGCGGCGCUAGCGCUAUAUAUGGAUCAUAUCGGAUAGAUCGGACUGCUUCAACUCGUCUUGGUGGUGCGCGGCCUGGGCCUGGGCCCAUUUAUCGAUCGAUCUCGCUCAGCCAGCAGUCAUCCCGUGCUGUGCCUGCUGCUGCAGGGAGGAGACGACCAAAUUAAAGAGGAGGCGGCGGCGGCGAUGAUCGAUCGGAGAAGGUAUAGAUAGAGGGCAAUCAUGGCGGUGGAGGCUCAGAAGAAGACGACGACGACGGCGACGAUGAUGGCUUCGUGGUCCAUGGAGGCGGUGAUGCUGCCGGCGAGCAUGGUUCUGGUGCAGGCCUUCACCAUGGGCGCCCUCCUCCUCUCCAAGCUCGCGUUCAACAUCGGCAUGGAGCCCUUCGUCCUCCUCGCCUACCGCAACCUCAUCGGCGCCAUCAUCGUCGCGCCCUUCGCCGUCUACUUCGACAGGUCGAUGGUGAGCAAGGUGAGCCUCAAGGUGUUGGGCUGGCUGUCCAUCAGCGCGCUGUUCGGGAUCGUCCUGGCCACGGGGCUCCACUACUACGGCCUCCGCGCCACCACCGCCGCCUACUCCGUCAACUUCCUCAACCUCAUCCCCGUGGUGACCUUCCUCAUCGCCGUGCUGCUCCGCCUGGAGAGGCUGGCGGCGCGGACAUGGGCGGGGCGGAUGAAGAUGGUGGGCACGGCCAUCUGCGUCGGCGGCACCAUGGUGACGAGCCUCUACCGGGGCCGGCUGCUGCACCCGUGGCCGACGCACCUGCUCAAGCACCACGCCGCCGCCGGCGUCCCCGCGCACCACAACAUGGCCCUGGGCACCGUGUACCUGUGCGGCAGCUGCCUGGCCUACGCGCUCUGGUUCAUCGUCCAGGUCCGGGUGGGCAGGGAGUUCCCCUGCAAGUACCUCUCCACCAUGCUCGCCUGCGUCUCCGGCACCGCGCAGGCGCUGCUCAUCGGCGCCGCCGCCAGCCGCGGCAGGGCCGCCUCGUGGCGCCUGGACUGGGACCUGCAGCUCGUCGCCGUCGUCUACUCGGGGGUGUUCAACACGGGCGUCAGCUUCUGCCUCAUCUCCUGGGCCAUCGCGCGGCGAGGGCCCAUCUACCCCUCCAUGUUCAACUCGCUGUCCCUGGUGGCCACCACGGUGCUCGACUCGCUGCUGCUCGGCACCGGCGUCUCCGUCGGCAGCAUGCUGGGGGCCCUGCUCAUCGUCGUCGGGCUCUACGCCUUCCUCUGGGGCAAAGGCAGGGAGAUGCGCCAGAACAAGCAGCAGCAGCAACCGCCGCCGGCCGCCGGCGAGGUCACUGCAGACCACGCUGCUACCAGUGCUGCUACUGCUGCUAAUAACAGCGGCGACGAACGCGUCGAUCGACCAGGAGUCAACAUAUAUAUCCAUCAUUGAUAGAUGAUGUAUCCAUCAGGAGCUGAAACGCAAAUAAAAAACAGACACCUUGAGAGAGGCAGAUAGAGAUACGAUGCAGCUA